AUGGCAUCGUUAAAUUCGAUCGAUGAAGUUUUAUACGAAUGUUCAUGUGGCGAAUGGAAAAGUCUGAAUCGUCUUUAUUUUUGUCGUUAUUGCUCUGAAUUAAAAUGCUCUUUUUGUACAAUUCAAGAAAUGGAUUCACCAUUUUGCCCAUCGUGCUUGUAUAAUUAUUGUGUUGGCGAUGCACUUCAGCAAAGGAACCGUUGUUCAAAUUGCUAUCAAUGUCCAUUAUGUGGUUUAAGAUUUCUAGGUGUUGGUGUUGUUGUUCGAGCAGCAAAUGAUUGCUAUCAUUUGUCUUGUAAUAAUUGUCGUUGGACGACGUCAGAUUCGGGUAUCCCAGAUAUGAACUCGUCAACAGGUUGGCCUGAAUAUACUAAUGAUGAUGAGGAUUUACUUAAUUCGAUUGUUGAAUCGAUGCGUAAUUUCGCCUCCAUUGAAGGAGCUGAUCAUAUUCGGCAUAAAUACAUGAAACGACGUUCCAAUCUUGGAGCAUUGUCGAACCGAUUCGGAUUGCAAGCAAUUUAUAAUCGCCACAAAAAUGCUUUGGUUGAACAGAAUAAAUGUUUAAUGUCGGCUGUGACUUCAACAGAUUUGGUCCCAAAAUUGGAUCUUUCAAUUUUUACUGAAGCGGAAAUUGAUCCUGGUUCAAUACCAACGUUGAUGCAGCGCACCAAUCAACCAUUUGCAAAUGACCGAUUACAUCUUCCGAACAAAGUUCGAUUAAUUUGUCGUCGUUCAAUGCGUUGCAAACAAUGUGAUCAUAGUCUUUGUAAAGGAGAAUAUAAUUCAAGCUCUGUGCAGUUCAAAAUACAGGUAUUGGCGGGCAAUAUUGUUCCCGAUCUUCGUCUUUCACGACCUGCUACAUUGGUUGCUGGCCAUAUCUGUCCAAUCUUUUUGACCGUUUCGAACUUUUCGUCAAGUCCUACCAAAGUUGCCAUAAUGGGCGAUAUUGUCAAUGACCCGUCAUUUGUGAAGUGCGAAACGCCUGUUGUGGAGUUUUCAAUACCAAAUUGUGAUGAAGAAAUGGAUCUGGACGAUAUUUCGGAAAAACAGCCAAAUGAAAAUGAAGCGAUUAUUUUCCGCAAACGUCAUCGCUUUGGCAUAAGAUUAAUGGUUUGCGCCACAGAAGGUCACAAAAAGUUUUUGGCUUUAAUCAUUAAGUACAGUAACAGUAGUACAACAUUCGAAACUAUGGCGGAGCAAAAUUGGCUCCAACAUCGUGUCAAAAUCGCACUUGGUGAUUCGCCAUUUUUGAAUCAGUGA